AUGGUACAGAUAAUUAAGUUACUGUUUUUCAUUAUAAUUUCUACGUUUAUCUUUUUAUCUUGGAAAUGUUAUUUUAACAGUAAUUUGUGGGAAUUAAGUAAAUCUUUGAUUGAGCAAUACAGUCUUCAUGGAAAAACAUACUUAAGAAUUUAUAGAUUAUUAGCUAAAUGUAAAAAGCAUAAGGAUUCAUACUUUUUAAUAUUAAAAGAAGAGAUACCAAAGAAUGGAGUAAACGAAAGAAAAGAUAUAACUAAUAAUGAAAAAGGGACCAAUACAAAAAGCAAACAAUCAAGUGGAAGUUCAUUAAUGAAUAAAGGAGAGAAUAAACAACCACUGAAAAAUAAAUCUUGUAUAUUUAAAAUAAAAAAAUAUUCUCAUUUGGAAAAAAAAAUAUUUAAACAACUUGAUUAUGUGAAUUUCCUUAAAAACAACAAAGGAAUUAGUAAUAAGGCAUACAAAAAAAUAAUACGUAAAAAAUACGGACUACGGAUUGCUUCACCUUUGAUAUUGUUCUUGUUGGUAUCAAUACCGUCAAUAGUAAAUUUGUCCUUGGAUAAGAUCAUAAAUAAUAAUUUGUUCAGUGUUUUAAAAUCAUGCUCUCUUUUUACGCAGUUCAAGACAUCGUUAGAAGCUAUAUGGGAUUCUUCAGAAUGGUUAUGGAAAGCUUUAUUUGAGAGCAAGGUUAAAAUAUUAGAUGGUUUAUAUGUUAUUUUAAUAUAUGUUAUUCCUUUCUUUAUAUUAGGUGUCACACUUAUAUCAGCGUUUGUUUAUUAUCAUAAAAAAAUUAAAAAAUAUGAUAAAAUUAAGUUUGGGGAAAGAUAA